AUGGAAGGUCUCCAGCAUCAGCAGUCCAGCAUUCUGGAGAGGCAGCUAGUUCAGACGCUGCUGGAUGAGGUGUGGCCGCGUCUGAGCUGGACCGCGCAGUCCAGGAACGUGCUGGUUAUUGGUUGUGCCACUGGAGAGACCAUGUGUCUCGACCUGUUGCCGCGACUGCCGCAAGAUGUUUUCACCGUCGCAGGCGACGGGCGACCCGAGAUGGUUGCUGAGUGCGUAGCAAGAUUUCCUUUCCAUAACGUGGGCUACAUUACCGUGGACUUUGGUGCUCCUGACAUCCAAGCGACUCAGGCAUGGAACCUGGUACCGUACACGAAGAUCUUCAGCUUCUUCUACUUGCAGUCGGUACGGGAUCAGAAGUAA